AUGGUGCCCUUCAACUCUUCAUCUGAGGUGGACAAUGUCCUUGGAGCGCCUGAGAUGCCAAUGGCUGAAAAGAGACACAGGAGAACUGCAGGAGAAUGGAGGGGCAGAUUUUUCCACCCUGUUUCAUUGAAAUCCAUGGGCCUGCACAUUCAACUUGGACACCCUCCUGGUAUCACUUGUCGCAGACUGACACCAGCAUUUGGUGAUGACUUCAUGAUUAUCGAUGUCCAUGGUGUGCAUCCAACAGGACUUGAUUUUUGUGGAUGCAAGCAGGAAGUUUCACACUUCAAACAACUACUCCAUGCGCGCUUAUUCCCUUCCAUGGUGACUGACCCAAGAACAGCAGCAACAUUUGCUGUUUUGGAGUUCUUUCACAUACUCUCCUUCGAGUCUAAAGUGUCUGCAUAUGAGUUUUAUCAUAGCUUGGCACAGCGGACUGACAAUACAGGAAUCACGCCAAUUCACAUAGAUUCAUUUUCUAACAUCAUGAUAGUCCAUGAGUGGAGAAACAUCAAAGCACUCAAAUGUUCAGGUCAUGGCCACCAUCCUGCCAGAAUAGGUUCCACUCAAGAUGGAGAUCUGGCCAUUCUCUGCCCUGCAUGCCCGCAUCCUGGAAAAAACCUCCCUACUAACUGGGAAACUUCACCUCCAACUAGAUGGAAGUAUGCACUCUUUCUUGCUAUAGAUGCCAACUUUCAACUCAAGCACCGGAUGGUAUCAACCAAUCAAAAAGAUCCUGGCCUUAGCUGA